CUCCUCCCUCGUACACAUAAUCGAGACACCCCCCUUCUUCUUCUUCUUCCUGCACCUUCUCCCUCGACCUCGCCCUCGCCCUCGCCCUCGCCCUCGCCGUGUAAUGAGCGUUGUAGCCUCUCGUGCAUCUCCUUCGCCCUAGCAAUUCCUGAGCUCCAUUUUUUUUUUCCCGACCAAAUUAUAAUAUUGCUAUUUAAUUGGUACUUAUAUAUUAGUAUUGAUUGAUUAUUGAUACCCGGGUGAUCGGAGGAGGAUUCGGUUAAUCGCCUAGAAGAUUUAACUUAGAGUUGGGAGAAGGAUAACGGAAGUGUGGAAAGAUGCCGUUUUGCGACGUGAGAGAAAGCAAUGGGAUGAGGAUCUUUUACAGGAGAUAUGGCCAUGGAAGCACCAAAGUCCUCCUCAUUAUUGGAUUGGCGGGGACGCACGACUCGUGGGGGCCGCAGAUAAAGGGUCUGACGGGGGCGGUGGAGCCCAACGACGACGAGUCGGAGUCGGAGUCGGAGUCGGCGGCGGCCGUUGGCGGAGGAUCGGACGGCCAUGAUGAGGAGGGGCAAGUGGAGGUUGAGGGGAUUGAGGUGUGCUGCUUCGACAACCGCGGCAUGGGUCGGAGCACCGUGCCCACCAAUAAAUCCGAAUACACAACGACGAUCAUGGCGAGAGAUGCCUUGGCUCUGUUGGAUCAUCUUGGCUGGAAAAAAGCUCACGUCUUUGGUCACUCCAUGGGUGCGAUGAUCGCUUGCAAAUUAGCAGCAAUGGCGCCUGAUAGGUUGUGCUCCUUGGCGUUGCUGAAUGUAACAGGAGGUGGCUUCGAGUGCUUUCCCAAGAUUGACCGCCAAAUGAUGUCUCUCGCAUUUCGUUUCUUAAGGGCGAAAACUCCAGAAGAAAGAGCUGUUGUUGACUUGGAAACCCACUACACAAAGGAAUAUCUUGAUGAAUAUGUAGGAUCAUGUACAAGAAGAAGUAUUCUUUAUCAACAAUACGUAAAGGCAAUAUCAUCAACGGGAAUGCAAUCUAACUAUGGUUUCGAAGGCCAAGUCAAUGCAUGCUGGACACACAAGAUGACAGCUAAAGAACUUGACACGAUUCGCUCAUCUGGAUUCCCAGUUUCAGUCAUUCAUGGAAGGUAUGAUAUCAUUGCUCAACUAUACCAUGCUAGGAGACUUGCAGAGAGACUGUACCCAGCAGCAAGAAUGGUAGAGCUUCAUGGCGGUCAUUUAGUGAGCCAUGAAAGGCCUGAUGAGGUAAAUUUAGCUCUUUUGGAUUUGAUAAGGGCGUCAAAGGCUAAGCUUAAGGAGCAAGAAUGGGCAUGUUUGCCGGAGAGAGAAUCUGGGUGGCUCAUUUUGGGGAUGCCAAUAUCCCUGAGCAUUAGGAACAAUGAAGGAGCAAUUGGUCUUGUAACUGUUUAUAACUUGCUAGGAAAGCUGCAACUAAGCUUUCUUUACUUCAUAGGGAUAUUUGUCAUGGGUUUCGAGCAUAUGAGGAAUGUGAUGAGAAUCAUGAAGCCGGUCAGAGUUGCGGCCAUUGAAUCACAAGCAGAACUUUUAUGUGACAAACAUAUCUCCGCAACAUCAUGACAUGCAAGACCUCCGAUACUUUUCUUCGCGAUAGAGAUUUUUUUUUUUCUUCCGAAGAAUACAAAGCACAGAAAGGCUGAUUGGAUUAAGCUUUUCUCCGGACAAAAGGCUGUCCGAGACAGCAAUUGUAUGUACUCUAAUAAGGACAUAUCAAUGAUAUGGUUCAUGUGAAACUUCUGUUUUUCCUUUUUGUUGUUUGUAACAUUCUUUAUACAUUCUUCGAUUCUUUUCUAUAGUGAGAAAUGUCAUUAAAACAGUUUAUGUAUCAUGGAUGAUUCAAGCUCAGUUAUUAUCU